CAGCCAUAGCAAAAAUCAUUGGCAGCAAUGUCCAGAAGUCCAACAGAUUUGAUCCUGUCGUCAAGAUGUGGGUAUUUGAAGAGAUCAUCAAUGGAAGAAAACUCUCAGAAAUAAUCAACAGCGAACAUGAAAAUGUGAAAUAUCUUCCUGGUUACAAGAUACCUAAAAAUGUGGCACGCGCUCCCGCGUGGGUGGCCGUCCCCGACGUGGCCGAAGCAGCGAGCGGGGCCGACGUCCUCGUGUUUGUCCUACCCCACCAGUUCAUUGGGCGGAUCUGCGAGCAGAUCGCAGGGCAGAUAAAGCCGGGAGCGUUCGGGAUUUCGCUGAUCAAGGGGAUUGAUGAGGGACCCGAAGGCCUGAGACUCAUAUCUGACAUCAUUCGAGAGAAACUGGACAUAGAAAUCAGCGUCCUUAUGGGAGCCAACAUCGCCAAAGAGGUGGCCGAGGAGAAGUUCUGUGAAACCACCAUCGGCUGCAAAAAUGAAAAACAAGGACAGAUCUUCAAAGAAUUAUUGCAGACCCCCAAUUUCAGGAUUACCGUGGUGGAUGACUGCGAUACAGUGGAGAUCUGUGGAGCCUUAAAAAACAUAGUAGCAGUAGGAGCAGGGUUCUGCGACGGGCUGGAUUUUGGUGAUAACACCAAGGCAGCAGUUAUCCGGUUGGGCCUCAUGGAAAUGGUGGCCUUUGCCAAGAUGUUCUGCAGGGGACCAGUGUCAAUAGCCACCUUCCUGGAAAGCUGUGGUGUGGCCGACCUAAUCACUACCUGCUACGGGGGACGCAACAGAAAAGUAGCAGAAGCAUUUGCUCGCACUGGAAAAUCCAUUGAGGAACUGGAAAAUGAGAUGCUGAAUGGGCAAAAACUACAAGGGCCUCAGACUUCCGUGGAAGUCUACAAGAUCCUGAAACAGAAAAACAUGCUUCAUAA